GAAUUGUCUCUUUUCCUUCUCUGAGUAUUUUCACAUUUUGUACUUCUAUACCAUUCCUUGUAUUCUGCCCUGAAAUGAUUGUAUUAGUGAACAUAUUUUAUAUUUUCUACCUCCUAUAAAUUCAUUUAGAUCUUCUGUUAAAUAUAGCACACACUUAUUGAGUUAUUUUUGUAUCCUGAGGGCUCAGAGAAUUUUAAAAAACAUGGACUUUCCCCUCAAGGAACUUAUAUUCCAGCAGAAGAAACGGAUAGUACUAACCUCAGUUUAAUAGAUUAAGUCCUGAUUAUUUGUGGAAUGAAAAAUUAUUAUGGACUUUCUGAGGAGAUUAAGCGAGGAGGUCAAGAAAACUUGAAGUGACCUUUGAGCUAGAACCUAAAUGAUAAAAAUUUUUCCAAAUAGGAAAUUGUGGAAAGACCAUAUAAAGCAGAGGAAAAUCAGUGAGCAGAGAUUCAAAUUUAUUAAACCACUCAGUUAAUAGUUGUUCUAAGUGCCAGGGAUACAAGAACAAAGUCCUUGUUUAUCUAUUGGGGUGACAGAUAAUGAAGAGAUUAACAAAUAAAAAGUGUUUUAGGUAGUGUUGAGUGCUCUGAAGGAAAAAGGCAGGGUAAGGGUGUAGAGAGUGAUGGAAGAAUGUUAUCGUAGGAAAGUGGUCAGGGAAGUCCUCACCACAGGAGGUGACAUCUGAAGGGAAGCAUAAAUUGAAGUGAGGGAGUAAACUGUGAGGAUGUCCAAGGGAAGUGGGUUUAAUGGAGGGAAACAACAAAUGCAUAUGUGAAAAUGUAUAGUGUAAGCUGAUGAGAAAUGUACAGGUGGUAUUUAAAUUUGGGGUUAAACAGAAAUUAAGAUGAGCUCUUUUUAAUUUGGGUGUGCAGCGCAGCUUGCAGGAUCUUAGUUCCCCGACCGGGGACUGAACCUGCACCCUUGGCAGUGAAAGCGCUGAGUCCUAACCACUGGACCUCCAAGGAAUUCACUACAAAGAUGAUCUUUUUAUAAAACAUUUAAUUUCUGAAAAAUAUGUAAGUUUUUUUUAACUUCAAAAAGUUUGCAAAAGGAUUUCUUUAAAAUCUCAAGCAGACUUUAUUCUGUAGGGCAUGGAAUGCUUUUAGCAGUGUUUUCUUUAAAAAGGCAACUUUUUCAUUUGGUUAAAAAAAUAAGACAAUGUAAAAAGAUAUUAAUAUAAUCAGGGACUUCCCUGAUGGUCCAUUGGUUAAGUCUUGUGCUCCCAGUGCAGGGGGCCCAUGUUCGGUGCCUUGUCAGGGAACUAGAUCCCGAGUGCCACAACUAAGACCUGGCACAGCCAAAUAAGUUAAUUAAGUAGAUUAAUAAUCAAAGUCUUGAUCCUACCCCAUCCUCCUUAGUCUCCUCCCCCACUUUUAUUCGUUUUUUUAAAAAAUGUAUCCUUGUGUUUCUUUGUAGAAAUAUAAGCAAAAACACAGAUUGAUAUUUUUUCUCCUUAUGUAAAAGGCAUAUACAUAUAUACACUUCCUUGCUGUUUUCAUUAAUUAAAUGUUUUGAAUAUCUUUUAAAUUAAUUUUUGGCUGCGUUGGGUCUUCGUUGCUGUGCGCGGGCUUUCUCUAGUUGUGGCAAGGGGGGGCUACUCUUUGUUGAGGUACGUGGGCUUCUCAUUGCAGUGGCUUCUCUGGUUGCGGAGCACGGGCUCUAGGUGCACGGGUUUCAGUAGUUGUGGCACAUGGGCUUAGUUGCUCUGUGGCAUCUUCCUGGACCAGGGCUCGAACCCGUGUCCUCUGCAUUGGCAGGCGGAUUCUUAACCACUGCGCCACCAGGGAAGCCCUUAAAUAUCUUUCUAUACAAGGAGAGCAUUCCUCAUUAUUUUUUACAGCCACGUGGUAUCCUGUUGUGUAAAUAGACCAUAGUGCAUUUAACCAUUGCCUUGACAGUGGACAUUUGAGUUAUAUAAAAACAGUGUUAUAGUUUGAUCAUUCCCAAAAGUGAGAUGACUGGGUCAAAGGAUAUAGAUGCAUUUGUGACUUUGUUAGAUAUUAUCAAAUUGCUACCAGAGGUUGUACCACUCCCAUCAGUGAUAUGUGAGAAUGUCUGUUUUUCCAUAGCCUCUCCAACUUUUGGAUUUUUGCCAGUGUCAUAGGAGAAGAAUUGUAUCUUAGAGUAGUUUAUUAUUGAGAUAUAAUUUACAUGUGCUAAAAUUUGUCCUUUUAAAGUGUACAGUUCAGUGGUUUUAGUAUACUCACAAGGUUGUGUAACCACCACCACUGUCUAAUUCCAAACAUUUUCAUUAUCCCCCAAAGAUACCCAGUAUCCAUUAACAGUCACAGUCCAUUUCCCAUAGCCCCUGACAACCACUAAUCUGUCUCUACUGAUUUGCCUAUUCUGGACAUUUCAUAUAAAUGGAAUCAUACAAUAGGUGGCUUUUGUGUCUGACUUCUUUAACUUAGCAUUAUGUUUUCAAGGUUCAUCCACGUUGUGCAUUUAUAAAGCGGAAUUUGUGUUUUUCUUUCUGUAGAAUGUAUGUUUUGAACUCUUUAUAUAUUAGAAAUUAGCUCUUUGCUUAUAAAAGAGUUACUGAAACCUUUUUCCCCAGUUCAUUGUUUUUCUUUUAAUUUUUGUUUAUUUUUUGCUGCAUUGGGUCUUCAUUGCUGUGCAUGGGCUGUCUCUAGUUGCAGCGAGCGGGGGCUACUCUUCGUUGCGGAGCACAGUCUGUAGGCACACAGGCUUCAGUAGUUGUGGCUUGCGAACUCAGUAGUUCUGGCUCGCGGGCUUAGUUGCUCUGUGGCAUGUGGGAUCUUCCUGGACCAGGGAUUGAACCUGUGUCCCCUGCAUUGGCAAGCGGAUUCUUAACCACUGCGCCACCAGGCAAGUUCCCAUUGUUUUUCAGUAUUGCUUAGGUUGUUUUUUCUUUUAACCACGGAGACACUUUUUAGUUUUUGUACUCAGAUUCAUCUUUUCUUCUUAUAUCCAGGGUUAUAACAGAUAUCAACUAUGUUUUAUUCUAAUACUUUAAAAAGUCCGUCUUUGCCCCACUGGUUUGAGGAGCCACCUCCAUUAGUGGUUUUUCAGCAAAGGAGUAACACAGAUCCAUUUUAGAGAGGGAAUUCUAGUAGAGAUGCAGGAAACAGGCUGAAGCAGGGAGAAAGUAGUGGGUAUUGUAUAUAACCUUUCAGGUUUUGGUGGGGUUUUUUUUACAUUUUUGUUUUUCUUCUAGGAUUUUUUAAUGCAUAAAUUUUCCAAAAUUGGGAUAAUUCUGUUCCGUAUCCUAUAUUUUUCCGUUAAUACAUCAGGAGCAUUUUUUUUUAAAUGUUUGAAUUAAUUUAUUGAACAGAUAUUUAUUGAGAACCUACUACCAUUUGUCAGGCUGUGGGGUUUUAGAUAUUGGGGAUAAAAGAACAAAAUCCUGCCUUCAGGGAGCUUAUAUUCUAUAAACAGUAAAAUUGUAAAAUAAAAAUUAUGUGAGGGUUAAGUGCUAUAAAGAAAAUUAAAGGGGCUAGAGAAUGACAGAUGUUAUUUUAGGAAAGUGGUCUGAGGAAAGUUAAGGAGAUGACUUUUGAGCAGACUUGAAUGAAAUGAGAGAGUGUUCUGCUAAUAUCUAUGAAAUAAAAAAGUUCAAAGCAGUGAAAAUAGCAAGUACAGAAAUCUUGAGGCAAAAGUAUGGCAUGAUUGGUAUGAUCAGAGGAAUAGUGAGGAUGUAGAUAUCCCUAAAUCGGAAUGAGCAAGAGGGAGAAUGGAAGGUGAUGAGACUGGAAGUGUGCUCGUAGCUGUAUGAUAAAGGGCCUUGUAGACUAUAGUAAAGACUUCGGGUUUUGUUCUGAGAGAGUUUUGAGCAGAAGAGGGACAUGAUCUGACUUACUUUCUAAAAGCUUUACUCUGGUUGCUUUUUGGAGAAGAGAUUUGAGAGGCAUAAGAGCAUAAGCUAGGGGACCAAUUAGAAGACUCUUGCUUUUACAAUAAUCUUGGUUAGAGUUGAAGGGGGCUUGGAUCAGAGUUGAUGGCAGUGGAGGUGGAAAGAAGUGGUUGGAUUGUGGGUAUAUUCUGAAGAUAGAACUGACAGGAUUUGCUGGUAUAGUUUGCCUAUGGAGUGAGAAAAAGGAGUGAGGUUGCCUUGAAGGUUUUGGCCUAAAAAACUGCAUGAAUGGUGAAACUACUUACUGAGUUUGGGAAAACUGCAGACAGAGUAAGAGUAGCUCUUUGGAGGAUGGGAGGAUUGGUUUGGGUUAUGUUAAAUUUCACGUGCCUAUUAGACAUCCAAGAGAAGAUGUUGAGUAGCAGAUGAAUUUCAAGUCUGAAGUUUCAGGGAGAUGUUGGAGCAAAGUGGGACAUCAUUUCCAGCUUGGAUUCUGGUGGAAGAACCAGCAAAGAGCACUGAAAAGGAGGCUAAUAAGAUAGGACAAAAAUCAGGAUAUGUAUUUAGAAGUUUGGAAAAGGAAAAGUAAGACAGAAGUAGAAACUGAAAAAUAAUAGCCACGAGAGUUUGGUAUCAGGCUGGCCAGUCCCUCAUUGCCUCCCACCCCCAACUCAUCCAUAGGCAACCACUGACGUGCUUUAUGUCAUUAUAGAUUAGUUUGCAUUUUCUAGAAUUUUAUAUAAAUGGAAUCAUACAGUGUGUGCCUUUUUUUUGCCUGACUUCUUUCAUUUGGUCUAAUUAUUUUGAGAUUCCUCCAUGCUAUGCGUAUCAAUAGUUUACUGCUGAGUAGUAUACCACUGUAUGAGUGUACCACAAUUUACUCAUCAACCUGCUGAUGGGCAUUUGUGUUGUUUCCAGGUUUUGCCUAUUACAGAUAAAAUUGUUGUGAACAUUUAUGUGCAAGUCAUUUUAUAGACAUACGGUUUCACUUCUUGCCUAGGAGCAGAAUGGCUGGAUCAUAUAGUUGGUAUAUGUUUAACUUCUAAGAAACUGCCAGACUAUUUUCCAAAGUGAUUAUACUAUUUUACAUUCCUACUUGUAUGAGAGUACCAGUUUCUCCGCAUCCUCACCAACACUAGGUAUGGUUAUUCUUUUCUUUUCUUUUUUUAAAUUUAUUUAUUUAUUUUUGGCUGCAUUGGGUCUUCGUUGCUGCGCGCGGGCUUUCUGUAGUUGUGGCGAGCGGGGGCUACUCUUCGUUGUGGUGCGGUGGCUUCUCUUGUUGCACGGCACGGGCUCUAGGCAUGUGGGCUUCAGUAGUUGUGGCACGUGGGCUUCAGUAGUUGUGGCUCGUGGGCUCUAGAGCGCAGGCUCAGUAGUCGUGGUGCAUGGGCUUAGUUGCUCUGUGGCAUGUGGGGUCUUCCCCAAUCAGGGCUUGAACCCAUAUCCCCUGCAUUGACAGGCAGAUUCUUAACCACUGCACCACCAGGGAAGUCCCUCUGUGUGCUUUUUUAGUGGUUGUUUUAGGUAUUACACUGUACAUACAUAAUGUAUUGCCAUCAUUGGUGUCACAUUUUAUAGAUUUCAGUGAAGUACAGACACCUCCCUUUAUAUCCCUUUACCCUCCCUGCUGCAUUUAUACCAGGGUUCACUGCUUCAUGAGGCUGCUUAUUCCAUUUUUGGACAGGCUGAUGCAGUGGGAAUCUAGGAGGAAAAAAAAUAGAGAGAGAGAAGAGAUUGCAGUGAAAAAUGUAAGGCAAAUCUGAUAGGAAUGCAUUUAUUCAUUUGUUUGUCAAAUGUUUAUUUAGCACUUAAAAUGGCCAAUCAGGGACUUCUCUGGUGGCACAGUGGUUAAGAAUCCCCCUGCCAAUGCAGGGGACUCGGGUUCAAGCCCUGGUCCAAGAAGAUCCCACAUGCUGCGGAGCAACUAAGCCCGUGAACCACAACUACUGAGCCCACGUGCCACAACUACUGAAGCCCGUGCGCCUAGAGCCUGUGCUCCGCAACUAGAGAAGCCACUUCAAUGAGAAGCCCGCGCACCGCAAUGAAGAGUAGCCCCGGCUCACGGCAACUAGAGAAAGCCUGCGUGCAGCAAUGAAGACCCAACACAGGCAAAAAUAAAUAAAUAAGAGGGAAUCUGGAAAACUUGUAAGCAAAACAUCAUUUCUCUUAGAAAAUUUUGGAUAACAGAAAUUCUGGAUAACAGGUAAAAAGUAUAUUUAGAUUUCUUUGGUGAUGCUGAUAAUCAACUAUUAUCUGCAGAAGUAAACCAAGAGAGGGAAGAUAGAAGAGAAAAGCUAGGUGUGCUGUGUGGCAGGGGUUGUAUUAGGGAUUUUACGUACAUUAUCUCAUUUGAUGGUUUUUACCUGGAUUCUGGACAUAGAUCUAAGAAUCUCAGAAUAAAACUAUCCUUCAAAAUGCUGUUUUAAGUGGAUUUGUCUAUUGAUUGGAUUUUUAAUGUCCUCACAAUUCAAUCUACAGGCAUUUUUUAACUUCUACCGUAAACAAAAUACAGAAACAUACAGAAUGCUAGAAUCUCUGUGAUGCAGCCUGGCUCAGGAGUGUCUUCCUUGUUUCUUUCUGUCUUUUAUUUUAGUUCUUGAUCUUUGCCAGUUAUUUGCAGCUGUACUAUCUCCUUAAUUCUUUUUUAAUACUUUGUCACCAGGUCCAAAAUUUAACUUUCCUGGUAAGGUACCUCUUCACAAUGGAGUCCAUCCAGCCCGGGUGUCCCCAUUAUGUUCUCAGUGGCAGUCUUACUGUGACCAAAUAACCAUACUUCUGUGCUAUUUUCUUAUCUAUAUUCCACAAAGUUCGAAGAUCUUAUGAAAUAAUACUGUAUGUAAAAAAUCCAGUAUAGGGCUUCCCUGGUGGCGCAGUGGUUGAGAGUCCGCCUGCCGAUGCAGGGGACACAGGUUCGUGCCCCGGUCUGGGAAGAUCCCACAUGCCGCGGAGCGGCUGGGCCCGUGAGCCAUGGCCGCUGAGCCUGUGCGUCCGGAGCCUGUGCUCCGCAACGGGAGAGGCCACAGCAGUGAGAGGCCCGCGUACCGCAAAAAAAAAAAAAAAAAAAAAUCCAGUAUAUUUUGAGAUAUAUAUCUCAAAUGAUAGCUAUAAUUUUACCUUUUAAGCUAAGGAAGACACGAAAACUAAUCAGACUUCCUAGGACCCUGUAGGCCCAAACCAGUGCUCUUAGACUGAGGUGAAUGGUCCUACCUGAUGGUAGUAUAGAGAGUGAGAUGCUAUUUAUUCUAACAGUCAUUAUAGUAUGAGCCUUGAAGAUAAAUUUCAAGUAUGUAGAGAAGUACUUACUAGAGAUAUCAUCAAUGAAAAAAUUAAGAUUUUAAUAUUUGCUGAUUUUCCUUUAGUAUUUUUUCAUUUUUAUCAGGGUGAACCAGUUCAGUCACCAUGAGUUGGAGCUUCCUCACUCGCCUGCUAGAGGAGAUCCACAACCACUCCACGUUCGUGGGGAAGAUCUGGCUCACUGUAUUGAUCGUCUUCCGGAUUGUCCUUACAGCUGUAGGAGGAGAGUCCAUCUAUUACGACGAGCAAAGCAAAUUUGUGUGCAACACAGAGCAGCCAGGCUGCGAGAACGUCUGCUAUGAUGCCUUUGCACCCCUCUCCCACGUGCGCUUCUGGGUGUUCCAGAUCAUCCUGGUGGCCACCCCCUCAGUGAUGUACCUGGGCUACGCCAUUCAUAAGAUUGCCAAAAUGGAGCACGGUGAAGCAGACAAGAAGGCCGCUCGGAGCAAACCCUAUGCAAUGCGUUGGAAACAGCACCGGGCCCUGGAAGAAACAGAAGAGGACCAUGAAGAGGAUCCCAUGAUGUAUCCAGAAAUGGAAUUAGAAAGUGAAAAAGAAAAUAAAGAUCAGAACCAAUCUAAACCUAAGCAUGAUGGCCGACACCGGAUUCAGGAGGACGGGCUCAUGAAAAUCUACGUGCUGCAGCUGCUGGCAAGGACCGUGUUUGAGGUGGGCUUUCUGAUAGGGCAGUACUUCCUGUAUGGCUUCCAAGUCCACCCAUUUUAUGUGUGCAGCAGACUUCCUUGCCCUCAUAAGAUAGACUGCUUUAUUUCCAGACCCACUGAAAAGACCAUCUUUCUUCUGAUAAUGUAUGGUGUCACAGGCCUUUGCCUGUUGCUUAACAUUUGGGAGAUGCUUCAUUUAGGAUUUGGGACAAUUCGAGACUCACUAAACAGUAAAAGGAGGGAACUGGAAGAUCCGGGUGCUUAUAAUUAUCCUUUCACUUGGAACACACCAUCUGCUCCCCCUGGCUAUAACAUUGCCGUCAAACCAGAUCAAAUCCAGUACACCGAACUGUCCAACGCUAAGAUUGCCUACAAGCAAAACAAGGCCAACAUCGCCCAGGAACAACAGUACGGCAGCCAUGAGGACAACCUCCCAGCUGACCUGGAGACUCUGCAGAGGGAAAUCAAAAUGGCUCAGGAACGCCUGGAUCUGGCAAUCCAGGCCUACAGUCACCAAAACAACCCCCAUGGUCCCCGGGACAAAAAAGCCAAAGUGGGGUCCAAGGCUGGGUCCAACAAAAGCAGUGCUAGUAGCAAAUCGGGGGAUGGGAAGACCUCCGUCUGGAUUUAACCUUGGCUGGGCUUAAAACUUGUGCUUUUCAUAGUUCACGGUAAGCAGCGGCUCACGGAAUAACGACUUCCACUGAGUAAACAUUCAGCUUUGGUUAUUUUCAGGGAUGCUGUUGGCUCAUGAUCCAAGCUCAGGGGACUCUGAAGUGGGGGCUGGGACAGGGGGAAAGAACGGGAAACACAGUGUUCCUGGACACAUGUUCCAGCAAUAAUACAGUUGCAGAACUUUACAUUUGCGUCUUCCAGAUCUGGAAAAGAACAGAUAUAUUUAAAUCAUUCUUGUUGAACAGUUUUUGUAUGUACAGUAUUAUGGUACUUUUUUUUUUUAGUAUGAGAACUUUUCUUUGUAUUUGUAUAUUGGACCACUGUAGUUAUACUUUUAUAUUAAAGGGGAAAUAAUUCUUAAGGUAA